GUAUACUUCGUCGUAAUUAUCUGGGCGAAAGGACAGCAGCUUCGCAAAACUUUGGGACUCCCUCCGAAACACUUUCACAUUACCCUUUCUCGGCAGGAUGCGCACGGCGUCGAUAAAGGCAUUGCAUCGCUCUUGCGGCCACUCCCAUCUAGUGCCCCUUCGGAGUUGUUGGACCAUCUAUCAUUCACGCUGCACUCUAUGGGAGACCACUCGCUAGCCAAGAAGUAUUCGGUGACACUCUGCGCAUCCUUUUCCUCGUCUGAGAAGGGCUUUCUGAGACUUGGAGAUAGUGCGCCGAAGCUUGGGGAGUUCAAGCUUGCGAUGCUGUCAUACGCCUGCGGAUACCAUCGAACUGCAGAUGCUAAGGUGCAAGAAUACUGCGUUCGAAAGAUCACGAGUUGUGCCAAGGAGACCGAGUGGGGAACCGUCUGCGCAGAAUGGGAACUCGAACAACUACCGGGAGAGCUGCUCGAGCUCCUCUUGGAGCCCUGGUCCUCUGGAUUACUCUCUGCUCUCGACUCCCUGACGAGCGCAGUCCCGACGCUUUGCCGCUGGUCACGGGACCAGGUCUUCAUCCCCGCGCCCACCCAAUCGACAGAGCAAUGGUACAGGCUACCUCGGUUCUUCCGCUGGCUGGUCCCUUUCAAGAUUGCGCUCAUGUCUACCCCGCGGAACGCGACCGAUAUCGCAGCUCUCGGGUCAUCGCACAUUGGCAUCCGCCACGUCCUCACCCUCACCGAAGAGACCCCUCUCGAUCCGAAAUGGUUCUCCGGCAGCAAAGUCAAGAACACGUUCCUUCCAAUCCCGAACUACCAUCCACCGACUAUCGAGCAGAUGGACCUCAUCGUCAAGCUCCUCUGCGAUGACGACAACCUGCCAGUACUCGUCCACUGUGGUGGCGGGAAGGGUCGCGCAGGCACAGUUGCAGCGUGCUUGCUCGUUGCGUUUGGGUUCAACAAGCCGACGAUGGAUUACAGCCUCUCCCAGCCGGCGAUGUCUGCGCCCGAGGCUAUCGCUACGUUGCGGGCCAUACGCCCGACCAGUAUCGAAACGGAGCAGCAAGAGGCAUUUGUCCACAAAUGGGCGAGUACGAUUUGGAAACGGCAGUCUAUUUUUCCCGAGCCCGUCGCUGAGCCGCUACCUUGUCCGUUGGAGAUCCAAGGCACGCUUGCGCCGUCCAGCAACCUCUUUAUCUUCGUUGGGCUGCCUGGGUCGGGCAAGUCGUGGGUCUCUCGCUCGUUGUUGGCGCGAGACCCGGGCGGCUGGGAGUGGAUUAGUCAGGACGAAGCUGGCGGUCGAUCUGCCUGCGAGACCGCCAUAAGCAGCGCCAGGGGGAAGGUCCGUGUCAUCCUAGAUCGCUGCAACAUGUCCCGCGACGACCGCAAGGCAUGGCUCGCGCUCGCCGCUCACUGGGCAGUCAACCCCGUCUGUGUGUGGUUCGACUACGACGCCGAGUUGUGUACGUAUCGCGCGCAGAACCGCGCAGGGCACCCGACGCUGCCGCCGGGGGGACGGGUCCGGAACGCGAUCGAGCAAAUGCAGAAGAUGUUCGUCGCGCCGUCGCUCGGCGAGGGCUUCUCCGCGCUCGUGACGGUGCACUCGUUCGCCGCCGCCUCCGACCUCGUCGAGCGGCUCUCGCCGCCCGUCGCGCUCUUCAAGUUCCCGCGCACGCCGCAUCUACUGAACCUCGGCGCAGCGACGGCCGACGACCUCGUGCGCAGCCUCCUCCCGCCAGCAGCGGCGGCCGGCGCGCACGUCGUCGUCACCGAAAAGGUCGACGGCGCGAACAUGGGCUUCGCGCUCUCCGCCGACCGCACGCGCGUCGUCGCCCAGAACCGGUCGCACUUUGUCAACCCGGCGUCGCACGCGCAGUUCCGGCGGCUCGGCGCGUGGCUCGACGCGCGCCGCGCGGACCUGUACCGCGUGCUCGACCGCGACCCGCAUUUUGCGGAGCGGUACGUGCUCUUUGGCGAGUGGCUCGCCGCGACGCACUCGGUCGCGUACUCGCGCCUCCCGGACUGGUUCCUCGCGUUCGACCUGUACGAUCGCGCGACUGCGAGCUGGACGGAUAGGAAGACCCUUGAGGCGCUGCUCGCGGACACGGAGAUCAAGCUUGUACCGGUUCUAUACGAGGGGUCGAUGCCUGCGGAGGAUGAGCUGAAGCGCAUGGUGCAACAGCAGUCGCAGUACACAGAUGGUCGGGUGGAGGGGGUUUAUGUGAAGGUUGAGAAGGACGGAAAGGUCGUGGACAGAGGCAAGGUCGUCAGGAGCGAUUUCAUCUCUGGUAAUGAGCACUGGACGAAGGGGCCGCUGCAAAUGAAC